AUGUCUGUUCUUCCUGAUUCAUCGGAUGUGGCUACUGGUCUGCAGGAGCAGCGCCUGUGCCCUUCAGAACAUGUCGAUGCAUCCAACCCAAUUCUAGCAAAGCCCACUACUUCGAAACCAUUUUUUCAUGUGACCGCUCCGCAUGGCUGGAUAAAUGAUCCCUGCGGUCUAGGUUACGACCCAACCACCGGAAUAUACCAUCUUUUCUUUCAAUGGAAUCCAUGGGGCAAUGACUGGGGCAACAUGUCAUGGGGACAUGCCACUUCAAGGAAUCUCGUAUCAUGGGAAACAUCCCCAGAGCCAGCUAUGACACCGUCCGCUGAAUAUGAUUGCCGAGGCGUGUUUACCGGAUGUCUACAGCCUACCGAUGUUUUUGGCAAGCCUGGAAAGAUGACCAUCAUAUAUUCGUCAGUCAGUCACCUACCGAUUCAUUUCACAUUACCGUAUACAUAUGGCUGUGAAUCAAUCAGUCUUUCUGUAUCAGAAGAUGGUGGAAAGACGUGGCAGCGCCAGGAUUGCAAUCCUGUCAUCUCUGGGCCACCUAAGCACCUCUCAGUAACAGGAUGGCGAGAUCCUUACCUCACAACCUGGAAACGAGGAUGCCGAGAUGCUCCGAGCGAUGAGAAUUCGAAAUUUUAUGGAAUAACAGCCGGUGGAGUUGUAGGCAAAGCCCCGACUAUCUUUGUUUAUAAAGUCAACGCCCAAGAUCUCCGUCAGUGGGAAUACCUCGGCCCAUUGGUGGAUGUUGGUCGCAAUUUCCGGCCAUCACGCUGGUCCGGUGAUUUUGGCGUCAAUUGGGAGGUAUCAAAUUUGCUGACACUGGCCAACGACUCGGGCGACGAACGAGAUUUCGUCAUCAUGGGAGUUGAGGGGUGUCUGCGCCCCGAAAAUCCGAGCGAGCAGACGCGCCGUCUGGCUCGUUUUAAAAGAGAUCCUCGGGGCCAGAUGUGGAUGUCUGUGAGAGCGCGCAAAGAACACAACUCGAUUGACGAGCCACUAUCCGAUUAUGCCUUUUCUGGAUAUUUUGAUCACGGGUGCUUGUAUGCUGCCAAUUCAUUAUGUGAUCCGCAGACCUCUCAGCGCAUCGUCUUUGGUUGGAUCACAGAAGAGGAUCUGCCUGAUGGCCCUCGUCAUCGCCAGGGUUGGAGCAGUAUGAUAUCGCUGCCUCGUGCAGUGCGAAUGAUGACAUUGCGCAAUGUGAGAGGAGCACGCAGCUCACCGCUGGAAACGAUUACCUCCAUCGAGGCGAUUGCCGAUUCUUCCGAGCACGGCACUUUCACUAUUCAUACGUUAGGAAUCAGCCCGGAAUCGCGACUUUCUGAGCUACGCGUUGGUGCUAUCGAGCGCCCACUUACUGGGGUGUCUUUACCUGCAACUCUCAGUGCAGCCUCUGAAGCUGGGAUUUCUCUGUCGACUUCUCGCUGGGAACUUCAGACUGAAUUCUCUGUCGGAAAAUCUUGCAAGAGAGUUGGUGUCGAGAUUGGACACGAUGCCAGCUUUGAACAUCGCACAAUCCUUGCUUGGGACCCGUGCAGUGAAACAUUUACGAUCCGCCGACCUCCAGUAACGAACACGGAGAUCAACCAUGGAGAUGAGUCGGCACCUCAUACACUUUUCACCUUGCGCAAUGAGCAUGGUGAUGAUGUCGAAGAGACGCUCCGCGUGCACGCGUUCUUCGAUAAGAGUGUACUCGAGGUCUUUGUGAAUGAGAGGACAGUAAUUACAACUCGCAUCUACCACCACGCAGAGAAAUGCUUCGGCAUCAGAUUCUUUGCCGAGGCAAUGAAUUUCCAAUCUGGCGAGCCAGCGAUCCUCCAUAAAGCUCAAGCUUGGGAUGGGCUUGAAGCAAGCUCACAAUAG